CGUCGAUCAAAACCGUGCCUGUCAUUUCGGUGCACACAUGCGCAUCGCCUUUGUGAAGCGCGACCUCGCGAUUGGCUGGAGCGCGUUUGUUAUUGGUAGUGACGUACGUGAAGUGACGACCCUCCCGUUGUGAGGUGCCUCCGUCUGUGCGCUUCGAGAGCCACGGUCCUCACUUCAGUGUUUAUUUGGUUGUCAUGGCGGAGGGACGUGGAGAACUAUUGCCUCAGCCGCCGCUUCACCUCUCCUUGCCCCCGGCCAGCAAGCGACCUUGUUUGCGUCCCGCUCCUCGAGGACCGGGUCCGGGGCCUGGCCCGGGAUUUCCGAACUCUCGCUUCCGUUGCCCGGAGUCUCUACUGGACUGCGCCGCGAAGGCCGUAGCGGAGAAAUGGGCCUUCGAGAGGGUGGAGGAGCGCUUCGAGCGGAUCCCCGAACCGGUUCAGCGCCGUAUCGUGUACUGGUCGUUCCCGAGGAACGAAAGGGAAAUAUGUAUGUAUUCGUCGUUUCAGUGCCGAGUGGCGGGUGAAGAGGGUCCGGUAGUGGGCUCGAGCUCGUCCGUUGGCUCUGGUACAGUCCCCGGAGGGGUUACGAACACACCAGGCAGCGCAGGGACGGGGGGUACCGGAGAUGGACUGCCUUUCCGCCGGGGAAUCCGGCUUUUGGAAACCGGUUGUGUGGACAACGUCUUACAAGUCGGUUUUCACCUCAGUGGCACAGUCACAGAGCCGGCAACGCAAUCUGAGCCGGAGACGACACAUAAGGUGGCCAUCAGCUUCGACCGCUGUAAGAUCACGUCAGUAACAUGCGGCUGUGGCAAUCGAGACAUCUUCUAUUGCGCACACGUGGUGGCGCUGUCCUUAUACCGCAUCCGCAAACCAGAGCAAGUCAAACUGCGGCUGCCCAUCUCAGAGACACUCUUCCAGAUGAACAGAGACCAGCUGCAAAAGCUGGUGCAGUACCUUAUCACAGCCCACCACACGGAAGUGCUGCCCACCGCCCAAAAACUGGCAGAUGAAAUCCUAUCCUCCAACUCUGAGAUCAACCAAGUACAUGGGGCCCCGGAUCCUACAGCAGGGGCCAGUAUUGAUGAUGAGAACUGCUGGCACCUGGACGAGGAGCAAGUGAGGGAACAGGUCAAGCAGUUCCUCUCUCAGGGAGGAUACUAUGGCUCAGGCAAGCAGCUCAACUCCAUGUUUGCCAAGGUGAGGGAAAUGCUGAGGAUGCGCGACUCAAACGGGGCGCGGAUGCUCACGCUCAUCACGGAGCAGUUCAUGGCUGACCCACGUUUAUCUCUAUGGCGACAACAGGGCACAGGCAUGACCGACAAAUGCCGACAACUCUGGGACGAGCUGGGUGCGUUGUGGGUGUGUAUCGUGCUGAACCCGCACUGUAAAAGUGAAGAGAAGAGCGGCUGGCUGAGACAGCUGAAGAAAUGGGGAGACAUGGACAUCUGCCCUCUAGAGGACGGCAAUUAUGGAAGCGAGCUGCCCAACAUCACCAACGCUCUGCCACAGAGCAACCUGGCUCAGGACUCACUGGCCCGGCCUCGAAGAACGGUGUUUACGAGAGCAAUGGAGGCCUGUGACCUGCACUGGCAGGAUAGUCACUUGCAGAGAAUCAUCAGUAGUGACUUCUACAUGUCCCCGGCUUACCAGAGAGAGGGAGAGAGCCUGCUCUUCAACCCCCAGGGCCUGCCACUGUGGCUAGAUCACGUGCCUACAGCAUGCGCCAGGGUGGAUGCUCUGCGUUCGCAUGGUUACCCCAGAGAAGCCUUGCGACUGGCUGUUGCCAUAAUCAACACCCUCCGGCUCCAACAGCAACGGCAAUUAGACAUAUACAAGCAUCAGAAGAAAGAACUGCUGCAGAGGGGAAUGACCAACACCACCAAUCUGGAGGGCUGGGUGGGCCACCCCCUCGACCCCAUUGGCUGCCUUUUCGCCACCCUCACGGAGACGUGUCGAGUGGAGGAUGACAAUACCAUGGAUACCGGAGAUUCGGGUGAGCCCAAGCCUCCAGUGUACCAGCAUGUGCCAGUGUGGGGAUGUCCAGAUGGAGGGGAGUCAUACCUGGCGCUGGCGUUAGAGGUGGCGCUGAUGGGUAUGGGGCAGCAGCGGCUAAUGCCCGAGGGCCUGUACGCCCAGGACAAGGUGUGCCGGAACGAGGAGCAGAUCGUGGCCAAGCUGCAAGAGAUGGAGCUGGAUGACAUAUUAGUGCAAACACUCCGCAAACAAGCCAUCCUCCUUUUAGAAGGUGGUCCCUUCAGUGGUCUGGGGGAGGUCAUCCACAGAGAGAGCGUUCCCAUGCACACGUUUGCCAAAUACCUCUUCACCGCCCUCCUGCCACACGACACAGACCUGGCGUACAAACUGGGCCUUCGUGCAAUGAGGCUUCCAGUGCUGGAGUCCACGGCUCCCUCGGGUGACGUAGGACACCCUCACCAUGGCAUCUCCAUAGUGCCCAGCAGAUAUCCACGCUGGUUCACACUGGGCCACCUGGAGUCUCAGCAGUGUGAACUGGCCUCCACCAUGCUUACUGCUGCUAAGGGUGACAUGUUGAGAUUGCGGACUGUUUUGGAGGCCAUUCAGAAGCACAUCCACUCCUCUUCCCUCAUCUUCAAACUGGCCCAGGAUGCCUUUAAGAUCGCUACUCCAGCAGAUAACCCUCCUGACAUCACACUGCUCAAUGUAGCGCUGGAGCUCGGCCUUCAGGUGAUGAGGAUGACUCUUUCCACACUCAACUGGAGGCGGCGGGAGAUGGUUCGUUGGUUAGUCACAUGUGCUACUGAAGUCGGGCUGAGAGCUUUGGUUAGCAUAUUGCAGAGCUGGUACACUCUCUUCACCCCCACCGAAGCGACCAGCAUAGUGGCCGCCACAGUGAUGUCCCACAACACCAUCCUGCGCCUGAGCCUCGACUACCCACAGCGGGAGGAGCUGGCCAGCUGCGCACGCACCCUGGCCCUGCAGUGCGCCAUGAAGGACCCCCAGAACUGCGCCCUGUCCGCCCUCACCCUCUGCGAGAAGGACCACAUCGCCUUCGAGACGGCUUACCAGAUAGUCAUCGACGCCGCCUCCACGGGCAUGACCUACUCUCAGCUCUUCACCAUCGCCCGCUACAUGGAGCACCGCGGCUACCCCCUUCGAGCCUUCAAACUGGCGUCUCUUGCCAUGACCCACUUGAACCUGGCCUACAACCAAGACACGCAUCCGGCCAUCAACGACGUCCUGUGGGCUUGUGCUCUCAGCCACUCGCUGGGCAAGAACGAGCUGGCUGCCAUCAUCCCUCUGGUGGUCAAGAGCGUUCACUGCGCCACGGUGCUCUCGGACAUUUUGCGGCGCUGCACAAUGACGGCCCCCGGCCUGGCCGGCAUCCCUGGCAGACGUAACUCGGGCAAGCUUAUGAGCACUGACAAAGCCCCGUUGAGACAGCUACUGGACGCCACCAUCAGCGCCUACAUCAACACCACCCACUCCCGCCUCACGCACAUCAGCCCGCGCCACUACGGAGAAUUCAUCGAGUUCCUUAGUAAGGCACGCGAGACCUUCCUUCUGGCCCAAGACGGCCACAUUCAGUUCGCCCAGUUUAUAGACAACCUCAAACAGAUCUAUAAGGGCAAGAAGAAACUCAUGAUGUUGGUACGGGAACGUUUCGGUUGAUUGCGGGGAACUCAUUCUUCUUUCAUCCUUCAUUUAUUUAAGGCAUUAUUUUAUUCUUCCUUUUUCUUGGUCAUCUUUGGUGAAAUUUUAAGUUUCGUUCGUUUGUUUUUGUCUCGUUUUUUUUUAUUGUGAACAAUUUCUGUUCACUAAGUUAUUCUACCAGGUCGAACCUGUGGAGGGGAGAAGAACAACUGUAAUUAUGACCAUUUAUGUUUUUGUUUUGGCUCGUUCUUGAUUUCGUUUAAUCAAGAUAUUGUGAUAAAAAUGUAAAAGUGGCACAUAAAGAGAAACCAAAUGAUUAUUGUGGUAAAUUUUGAGCGUGGGGGAGGCGUUUGGAAGGGGCUUGAACACUCGAAUCAAAACAGUCAUUCCUGAAACACUUGCACACAGUGUUAUUUUCAUACCUCGAUCGUAUUCUACGGAUCAGCUUUAACUCGCUCUCUCUUUGGAAAAGGCCUGAUUUUAAGAGAGAGAUGGGCACAUCACCUCAAACUUACACUCUGCCGAACCUCCCAACCACUACUCGAGCGAGCCACAAGACAUGAGCCCUCCCCUCUCUCCUGUGUUUGUUUCUAUCGGCUCAUCUUAAUCUCUGUUGGAAAAUUCAGUGCUCGGUCCUUCCGUUGCUGAGCUUGAACGAAACAGAGAUAUUUACCCAUCAACAUCAGCCAUAUAUGUUUCUCUGUUACCUCUCAGUGGAAAAACGAAAACAGAAACAAAAAGACUUGUGUGAGAUUGAGUAGCAGUAAUAAUAUAUAUGUACUAGCACUUCAUUAAAUACACGACGCAUUCGGAUCAGCAGUAACUUACCGUGUACAAAUUAGGUGAAUUGUAUAGAUGCAUUGGACAAAAACGGCUAUAUUGGCAGAGCAAGGAAUUAGUUGGCUUUAAACUGUACCGUAAUAUCUUCCACAUUCCAUGACCUCCGCCCUCCACAAGUGCCCCAGUGGAUCCGAACACUUAGAAUGCACUCCGCGGCUUCCAUCUGAAGGAAAACGAGAAAAGAGAUGCUCAACUCCGUUCUCAGGGAAUCACUUAAAGAAACAAAACAGAAAAAAAAAAAAUAGUAGCAUAAGCAUUUAAGAUAUUGUAAAUAGGAAAGUGUCAAUUCAAAAAAUUGUAAAGUUAUAAUUAUUUAUGAUAACUGUAUGUUUUUCUUUUGGGAUACUUGAAUUUGUUGGGCUGGGAAUGUGACGACCGUAAGAGGAAAGACUUCAGAAACAUUUCUCAGGUGCUCCUGUGUACAUUUCUGAUUUACUGUUUUAUUUGUAUCCUCUUUUAUUUCAUUUUUUUUUUGUGAUACAUUUUUUUGCAAGAGGAAGCAUGUAAAGUAGAAGAAAGAAGAGGACAAAUGUUUAUGAACAGACUAUGCAGAACCACUUCACGAUUUGCCCUCUUCACCCCGAUCUUCCUCCGUCUUUUCUCCUUGGUUGGCUCGGGGGUGGGGGCGCUCUCCCAAAAUUCAACCGUUUGUAUCUUGUAGGUAAAGUAAUCUGCACGAGCUUCGAGUUUGGAUGGACUUUGCCUUUGAUCUAUGUACAACUCUUUACUUUGAAGCCUUAUAGUCUUCUCUGAAAGCACUGCAUGUGUUUCAGGACAUUGUGUUGCCAGUGUCAGUGGAGUACAGCACAGAGAAAACGGACCUACACCUUCGACUGGCCCGAACAAGGAUGAAGGGCAUCUGCUAUUCUAUUCUCCUUCGCUUUGACACGGUCCACAUACUUUAGGGUCGUGGUUAUCUUGUAUUGGGGCUUUUUGAGGGCAGUACGGUCUGUUUUGAGGUUGCGACUUACCAUUGCCUAAUCGAGACUUUGAUGGAUGCUUCAUUAAUGGCUAAAUCUUGAGGAGAUUUCUCUAUGUUGUUGGUUAAGGUUGGUCACUUUCAUUUAAAUGGUUUGCUGGUUUCCACUAUUGGUUAGUUUAGUUCACAGAGGUUUUUUUCUUUUCUUCAGAGUUCGUAAUAGUUGCCUCAGCUGUGGCAUACUCGAACCGCAAGGUGUUAGUCACGUUAUGCAGCCUUUGUUCCUCAACCGGCUCUGUCAAGGAGCUCAGUAGACGGACCUGAGAGAAAGUCACAGAUUAGGAAAUUUUCUUUUUUUAUAUACAUAUAUAUAAACACAUCUUUAGAAUGAUAAUAGUGCUGCCUGUUUGAUUAUAAAAAACAAAAAAACUAAAAAAAUAAAUAAAAAGGAAAAAAAAAAGUUAAAAAAUGAGCAUUUUCUGUAGCUGAAUAGUUGGUCCAAUGGCAUUGCAAAAAGAGAAUAACCUCCUCUGGCUUUUGAUUUCUCUCUUCCAUACUCUUAAGUGUCUGUAUGUGUUAACUGUACCAGUGUUUUGAUCUGUCCCUAGAGUUUAGAAGGAAAAAAAUUAUCGCUGGUAGAGAUUGUUCACUAGUUCAUCUACUGUUUGAUUUUGUUUCGUUUUAAUUUAAGGGAAAGUGUUUGUCGCCUCUUUGUGCUACUGAAUUAUAAAAAGGUAUCCAGUAUUUGUUGCCACAAAAGUAUAGUUCAUCAACACUUUUUGUUUGUGCAACCUCUUGAGCUAAUGUCUAUAAACAAAAAUUUAUUACUAUUUAUGUAAUGCUACUACCAUUUUAUAUGAUUUGUGUUGAAUUUCAGUGCUUUUCUAUGAAUAAAGUGUGAAACACG